GCGGGGUCCUGGCGGGAGGAAGAUUGCUCAAUUCACAGUGUAAAGAGGGAUACACAAUUCGACUGGAAUUUUAACAAUCUGGAUAUCCCAGGUGGCUUUGUGAGCCUCUAGGUGAAGGGUUAUUUUGCAACGAUGGCUCAGUCUUCACAUCGGGAUGACUUCUUUCAGACAGACACUUCUCUGGAGGAAAUCCGUCGCAAGGCUGAGAAAUCAGAAAAUUCGAAUGGAGACCCUAUCAAACUUCAAAGCAAACUACUAGCAAUUGUCGCUGAUCCCUCCAGCAACUCCUCUAUCUACGUUGCUGAGAGUGCAGGGCUUCUCAGAAAAGUGGUGCUUGAAACAGGUAAAACUACAGCACUUUAUCGGGGGCCGACUGCCCCAUUAACGAGUAUUUGCUUCUCCCCCGACGGCACAACUAUCUUUGCUGGGUGCUGGGAUAAGACGAUAUGGAGCUGGGACGUUGCUUCGCGAACGCUAAGACAGAGAUACAAGGGCCACGCCGACUUCGUAAAGACCGUCGUAUCCCAGAGGCUUGAUGGUGAGGAUUUACUCCUAUCCGGCGGCGCCGAUGGUGAAAUCAUAAUCUGGAGCAUCCGCACGGGUGAAAGAUUACAUGUCUUUAGAGAUUAUAGCCGUGGAGUGCUACACCUCGCCAUCGACCCUCUUGUUUCCGAUGAAGACCCGACCCGAAUUACUGUCUUCAGUUCAGGAAGUGAUCGUAGCAUUCGACAUUUCCCACUUUCCGCCCCAUUCAAGGAACAGUCCCUUUCAGAACCAAUCCUGGAACAUGAGACAAGCGUUUAUAAGCUUUUCUUCGAUGCAGAUGGCGACCUAUGGACAGCUUCGGCGGAUAAAACUGCCAAAUGCAUCUCUAGGGAGUCGAAAUGGAAAACAGAUAUGACGUUAGAACAUCCAGACUUUGUCAGGGAUGUUGUUGUGCAUGAACGGGGCGGCUGGGUGGUAACGGGAUGUCGGGAUGAGGAAGUGCGCGUGUGGAAUCGUGCGACUGGAAAAUUGCACCAUACAUACUCUGGCCAUUUUGAAGAAGUUAGUGGGCUCCUACUAGUUGGGUCAACUGUUGUUAGUAUCAGCAUUGAUGCCACGAUACGACAGUGGUCGCUUGACCCAACUCAGCUUGAAGCGGCCAAAGCAAAGGCUGAAAGUACAGCUCAGGAGGACGAAGAGGUGAAUGAUAUCCCUACAUCACUAUUAACGGAGGAAGAGGAGAGAGAACUUGCGGAAUUGAUGGGCCACGACUAGAUUUCGGUAAAUACUUGUGAAGAAAUAUGAAAGAUAUUCAUGAAUGGAAAGAUAAAAUCUAAUGUCUCCCUGUUGAAUCCCUGCGCCAGAUGCUUGUUAUGUGGACUACGCACUAAAUCCUCUUCUACAGCUAUGUUCUGAUCAGACACAGCAAUUCGUUGUAAAUGGUGGGUGGGGAAGCCUUCCAGUACAAGCCCGCAAGGGUAUCAUCAAACGGUCUUCAUCCAUGCUGCAUUGUGUAGAAAUGAAUAAAAUACAAAUACUCAUUCUGUUUAAUAUGGUAUCGUAUCCUGUGCAGUUCGGGCGCAACCCGAAGCUCUCCAGUGGGGUGAGAAUUUAUAUCACGUGCUAGGGUCCCCGGGUUGAUCGGCCCUUCUACCAGCAGUGCGCUGGUGGUGACUGAGCUCUUUUGCCCCAGUAGCCUACAGUUGGGCAGUUCCCGUCAUUGGAUUUCCUCAGCCCGAUGUUGCCGUUAUCUAAACUGAAGUACUCCGUACGAGUCCCUGCAAAAAGUUUUGUCUCCACACUAAGAAUUUAUACUGAAAUAUGCUUACUAGUGUAAUAAAUCUCCA